AACAUUUUGUCACCUACAGACUGUCCCUCAUUUAAACCACACUCCCCCCACUCCUAUCAGCUUAUAAUACCAAUACUGAAGUCAUACCUGCAUUAAUACCACAUCAGCAGCAGCAGCAUCACCAUCAUCAUCAACCAUGUCCUCUUGUUCUCUCUUGCUGGUUCUCCUGGUUCUCAUAUGUGUUCAGUCCUUCACACUGGCCCAGGAUCCAAAAGGACCAGGUCCAUGCUGUUUCACGUUCCAGAAGAGAAAGAUGCCUGUACAGCUUAUUACUAAGUAUAAAGAAACCGAGCGUGCCUGUUCAAUCCCUGGAAUCAUUUUUAUCACGAAGAGCGGUCGUCGUGUGUGUGCAGACCCCAGAGAUCAAUGGGUUCAGGAUCACAUGGAUAACGUUGACCUGCGCCUUUAUGGAGGCACAAACCAAACUCAAGCGAGUGGUUAAAUAAAUCUUCCAUUAAUGCAUAAUUACUACAAACUGCACUUUCUAUAUAUAAUUUUCUAUUUUCUAUAGAUUUUUUUUUUAUAAUAAGCAUGUUUAAUUUUAAAUGCCUGCUUAGUUUGUUUGCAGUCUAGCAUUAUCUAGCUCAAUUAAUCUUUGAUUUUUUUUGUCAAGUCAUUCUGUCUUCCAUUUUUUUUAAUACAUUAAAGGAAA